AUGACGGUACGUUUCUUAUUAUCUCUUGCUUUGUCGUGUGGCUGGACCUUGCGUCAGCUUGACGUCCAUAAUGCGUUUUUAAAUGGGCGACUGUCUGAGACUGUUUUUAUGCGUCAGCCGCCUAGGUAUGCUGAUUCUAUUCAUCCUGACUAUGUUUGUCAUCUUCAACGUUCUUUGCAUGGGUUGAAACAGGAUCCACGGGCGUGGUUUAAGAGGCUUCAUGAUUUCUUGGUUUCAGUUGGUUUUAAGUCUUCUAAAACUGAUGUUUUGUUGUUCUUUUACUCAGUGGGUGACUCACAUGUGUUUUUGCUUAUUCGUGACUUGGGGUCACCGUGGUUUUUCCUUAGCAUUGAGACUGUGCCUAUAGACGGGGGUAUGAUUCUUUCUCAGCGCAUGUAUAUGGAUUCCAUUCUAAAACGAGCUGGGAUGACUGAUUGCAAGAAUCUUGCCACUCUUGCGUUUGUUACACGUUCGGAGUCAUCGAAUGCUCUUUUUGAGAAUCCUACUCUAUAUCAGAGUUUGGCAGGGGCUUUACAGUACUUGACUGUUACUAGGCCUGACUUAUCGUAUGCGGUGAAUCGUUUGUGUCAGUUCAUGUAUUCGCCUACAGUUGAGCAUUGGGGUCUGCUCAAGCGGAUGUUGAGGUAUGUGAAGGGUACGCUACACCUUGGUUUACAGUUGGCUCCCUCGGUGUCCACUGAUUUGCAUGCGUUCUUAGAUUUCGACCAGGCUGGUUGUUCUAUUGAGAAGAAGUCCACCAGUGGUUUCGCUGUGUUCGUUGGUUUUAAUCUUGUUUCGUGGGUAUGCCGCAAGCAGAGAACUGUAGCUCGUUUGUUCACCGAGGCUGAGUACAAGGCCAUUGUUGAUGUUAUUGCUGAGGUAACUUGGAUUGUUUCACUGUUACGUGAAAUUGGUUUUCCACCUAUUAGUCCUCCUCGUUUGUGGUGUGAUAAUUUGGAUGCAACCUAUCUAUGUGCUAAUCUUGUUUUCCAUGCGCGGACGAAGCACGUGGAGAUUGAUUUUCACUUUGUGCGUGAUAAGGUUGCCUCUGGUGAGCUUCAGGUCAAUUUUAUCUAUACGAAGGAGCAACUUGCUGAUAUAUUUACUAAAUCGCUUCCAGCAUCGCGGUUGAGUUUUUUCGGAACAAGCUCAAUGUUGCGGUUGCCUAACCUUGUGCUUGAUGGGGUGUAUAAGACUCUAGUGUUAUACUUCUAUUAG